CGCCCGCGCGCGCCCGCCCGGGCCGACCCCUGCCCGCCGGCGCCCCGCCCCGCGCCCCCCGGGCCGGCCCGCGCCCCCCAUGCACCACCUCCUGGAGCCGUCCGCGGACAUGGCGACGGCGCUGCUGGCGGGCGAGAAGCUGCGCGAGCUCAUCCUGCCCGGCGCGCAGGACGACAAGGCGGGCGCGCUGGCCGCGCUGCUGCUGCAGCUGAAGCUGGAGCUGCCCUUCGACCGCGUGGUUACCAUCGGCACCGUGCUGGUGCCCAUCCUGCUGGUCACGCUGGUGUUCACCAAGAACUUCGCAGAAAGGACCCCACCUGCUGGCCAGGCCCCUCGUCCCCCCUCGAGCACAGUAGCUGCCGAGGAACCCAUCUACUGCUACACCCCGCACAACUUCACCCGCGACCAGGCGCUCUACGCUCGCGGCUACUGCUGGACGGAGCUGCGGGACGCACUGCCCGGCGUGGACGCCAGCCUGUGGCCGUCACUGUUUGAGCACAAGCUGCUGCCCUACUCGCUGCUGGCCUUCGCGGCCAUCAUGUACGUGCCCGCGCUGGGCUGGGAGUUCCUGGCCUCCACGCGCCUCACGUCCGAGCUCAACUUCCUGCUCCAGGAGAUCGACAACUGCUACCACCGGGCGGCCGAGGGCCGCGCGCCCAAGAUCGAGAAGCAGAUCCAGUCAAAGGGCCCCGGCAUCACGGAGCGCGAGAAGCGCGAGAUCAUCGAGAACGCCGAGAAGGAGAAGAGCCCCGAGCAGAACCUGUUCGAGAAGUACCUGGAGCGCCGCGGCCGCAGCAACUUCCUGGCCAAGCUGUACCUGGCGCGGCACCUGCUCAUCCUGCUGCUCAGCGUGGCGCCCAUCUCCUACCUGUGCACCUACUACGCCACGCAGAAGCAGAACGAGUUCACAUGCGCGCUGGGCGAGGCCCCCGACGGGCCGGCGGGCGCGGCCGUGCGGGUCAGCUGCAAGCUGCCCUCGGUGCAGCUGCAGCGCAUCGUGGCAGGCGUGGACAUUGUCCUGCUCUGCUCCAUGAACCUCAUCAUCCUCGUCAACCUCAUCCACCUCUUCAUCUUCCGCAAGAGCAACUUCAUCUUCGACAAGCUGCACAAGGUGGGCAUCAAGACGCGCCGGCAGUGGCGCCGCUCCCAGUUCUGCGACAUCAACAUCCUGGCCAUGUUCUGCAACGAGAACCGGGACCACAUCAAGUCACUGAACCGCCUGGACUUCAUCACCAACGAGAGCGACCUCAUGUACGACAACGUGGUGCGGCAGCUGCUGGCCGCCCUGGCGCAGUCCAACCACGACGCCACGCCCACGGUGCGCGACGCGGGCGUGCAGACGGUCGACCCCAGCGCCAACCCCGCCGAGCCCGACGGCUCUGCCGAGCCGCCCGUGGUCAAGCGGCCGCGCAAGAAGAUGAAGUGGAUCCCCAGCAGCAACCCGCUGCCCCAGCCCUUCAAGGAGCCGCUGGCCAUCAUGCGAGUGGAGAACAGCAAGGCCGACAAGCCCAAGCCCGUGCGCCGCAAGACUGCCACGGACACGCUCAUCGCCCCGCUGCUGGACGCGGGCGCCCGGGCCGCGCACCACUACAAGGGUAGCAGCGGCAGCGACACGGCGGCCCCCUCUGGCGACAAGAAGCAUGCCCGUCACUUCUCCCUGGACGUGCACCCCUACAUCCUGGGCACCAAGAAGGCCAAGCCCGAGGCCGUGCCUGCCGCCCUGCCCACCUCCCGCAGCCAGGAGGGCAGUUUCCUGUCGCAGGCUGAGGAGUGCGCGCUGGGCCUGACCACGGCAGCCACCAAAGACGCCCCCCUCCCCGAGAAGGAGGCCCUGUAUCCAGCAGAGUCUGCCCUGGCCACGCUCCCUGCGGGGGCGCCCUUCCACGUCUGCUCCCCCGCCGCCGCCCCCACUACUGUCCCCCCGUCGCCCAGCAGCCUGGGCAGUGCCGACCCCCUCACCAUCCUGAGCCGAAACGCCACCCACCCGCUGCUGCGCGUCAGCACGCUGUACGAGGCCCGCGAGGAGGAGGACGGGGCCCCGCGGGCCGCCCCCGAGGUGGGCAGCCUCAUCGCCAUCCCGCCGCCGCAGCAGAUCCUCAUCGCCACCUUCGAUGAGCCCAGGACGGUCGUGAGCACCGUGGAGUUCUGAGGCCCCUGCAUGCCGCGGCGUGCCCCGCCCCUCGCCCCCGUGCGUGGACACGGCCUCUGCUUCCCCAGCACCCCGCACCGGCCUCCCGUCCGCAUGCCACGGGGCUCAGCGCCUCCCCACCCAGCCCCGGAUGGCGCCUCGGGCACUGGGGUCGGGCUGUGGCGGGAGCCCCUGCCGCCCGCCCCAGCCGUGGCUGCAGUGAAGAGUUUAUUUUUUUAGUCGAUUCAGUCUUGGGUCCAGGAUGCCGGCCUGGGGGGGACCAGGCUCUGGCAGGACAGCUCAGGUCUGAGCCUGGAAGGUAUCUGGGGUGCUGGCAGCUCUGAGGGUCACACUCGGCCUCGCCCCUAUGGGUGGGGGAGCCCUCGGGGGGGGGGCUGGUGUCCGCCCCCUGCCCACGGCCCACAUACAUGCACUUUCUCCCCUGCCCCAACAGACCUGUAUUUUAUUUUACUAUGACUACUGUAACUAGAGAACAUAUUGGCUGUCAGGAGAUGUGUGUGUGUGUGUGCGUGUGUGAGCGCCAUGAGCCCGUGUGCACGGAGAUGCCAGUGGCAGUAGGCAGUGUGUGUGAGAAGACCCCAGAGCAGGGUGAGUACGAGUAUGUGUGCGAGCAUACAUGAGACAAUUGCACACGUAUGAGAUGAGCAUGUGAGUGGAUGAGCACACGUGUGAGAUGAGCGUGUGCAUGUGUGUGAGUGGGUGAGCACACGUGAGACUGCAUGUUUGUGAGUAGGUGAGAAUACGUGUGAGAGGAGUAUGCAUAUGCAUGAGCGGGCAUGUGUUGGGUGAGCAUACAUGUGAGACAAGAGUGCAUGUGCAUGAGUGGGUGAGCACAUGUGUGAGGAGCGUGUGCAUGUGCAUGAGCAGGCAUAUGGGGUGAGCACACGUGAGACAAGAGUGCAUUGUGCAUGAGUGGGUGAGCACAUGUGUGAGGAGCGUGUGCAUGUGCAUAAAUGGGCAAGCACACAUGUGAGAGGAGCAUGUGCAUGUGAGUAAAUGGACAAGCACACGUGAGAGCAUGUGCGCGAAUGGGCAAGCUCACAUGUGAGAGGUGUGUGUGCAUGUAGGUGAGUAAGUGAGCAGUGUGAGGAGUGUGUGCAUGUGUGUGAAUGGGCGAGCACACAUGUGAGGAGCGUGUGCAUGUGUGUGAGUGGGUGAGCACAGUGUGAGGAGUGUGUACAUGUGCAUGAGUGGGCGAGCACGUGUGAGAGGAGUGUGUGCAUGCGUGUGAAUGGGCAAGCACACGUGUGAGGAGUGUGCAUGUGCAUGAGUGGGUGAGCACAUGUGUGAGCGUGUGCAUGUGCGUGAGUGGGCACGUGUGGGAUGAGCAUGCAUGUGUGGGAUGAGCGUGCAUUUGUGCUGGCGCGUGUGAGCGGGCUUGUGUGAGACGAGCGUGGUGCCGGCAUGUGAGGAGGGAAGGAGUCCAACGCAAUAACCACGUUCCCCUUCCCUGGGCCCAAGUCCUGGUCCCAGGGCCCAGCCGCCGCCCGCGGGAGCCCAGGGCACUCGGCCCGCCCCCAUUACCUCAGCCGCGGCGCCGUGACAGUGUUCACGAGGUAGCUCCGAGCAGAUCAAUAAAUCGUAUUCUGAUA